AUGCUGCUCUUCCUCGCCGUCCUCUGCCUCAUUGGCAACUCUUUCUGUGCUGUUCUUCCACCACGAGACACUCCGGGGUCCAGGACCACCGGGACCACCGGGUCCACCAGGAACAAGCUGCUGCUCGUCUCUUUUGACGGUUUCCGCUGGGACUACGACCGAGACGUGGACACCCCUCACCUGGAUGAGAUGGCCCGUGAGGGGGGGACCGCCCAAUACGUCACGCCGCCGUUCAUCACUAUCACCAGCCCCACGCACUUCACGCUGCUCACAGGACGUUACAUCGAGAACCACGGAGUAACCCACAACAUCUGGUUCAACACCAGCACUCAGGAGAAGAAGCAGUACUACAUGUCUCAGUUUGUUGAUUCCUACUGGGACAAUGGCAGUUUACCCCUCUGGAUCACAGCCCAGAGACAGGGUCUAAAAGCAGGUUCUCUGCAUUUCCCUGGCACAGCAGCCACGUACAAAGGAGAGACGGUGGAGGUUAGGGAAGUGGAACCUCGUUUCUACAACUACUCUAACGAGACCGAUUGGAGGCUGAACGUUGACAAGGUGAUUGGAGAGUGGUUCCACCAACAGGACCUGGACUUUGUCUCCUUGUACUUCGGAGAACCGGAUAUGACCGGGCAUAAAUAUGGACCAGAUUCCCCAGAACGUCGUGAGAUGGUCCAGCAAGUGGACCGCACGGUGGGCUACAUCCGGGAAAAGAUCCAAGACCAUGACCUCACUGAGCGGCUCAACAUCAUCAUCACGUCUGACCACGGCAUGUCGACCGUACUGCGGGGCGGACUCGUCGAGGAAAUCAUCCUCUCUAAGGUCCCUGGCUUUAGCUUCAAGGAUAUCAAGUUCCAGCUGGUGGAUUAUGGUCCAGCUGGGAUGCUGCUUCCUAAAGAGGGGAUGCUGGAGAAGGUCUACCAGGCUCUGAGAGGAAGCCAUCCGCAUCUCCAUGUGUAUAAAAAGGAGGAGAUGCCACCCAGACUGCACUACAGCAAACAUCCUCGACUCCUACCCAUCAUCCUCUUCGCUGACCCUGGAUAUGUAAUCAAUGGGAUGUUCCCUGUCCAGGUAAACAAAGGAGAGCAUGGCUAUGACAAUGAGGAGAUGGACAUGAAGGCUUUCUUCAGGGUGGUGGGGCCAGAUUUCCAGAAAAACCUGGUAACUGGGCCCUUUGAGACGGUUAACCUGUAUCCACUGAUGUGCCAUCUACUCGGGAUAAAGCCUGAAAUCAACGAUGGACACUUGGACCAUACCAAACGUCUGCUGGUCCCCAAGAACAAUCCAGGAUUAAAUGUCCAGUUACAGGUGGUCGUCGGCUUAUCGGUAGUGAUCGGCUUUCUGGUACUGGCGUUCACGGUGGCCACCUCCUACACGGGGCUCAGGAGGAGCCGGACAGAGAGGAGUUUUCAACUAAAAGAUGCUGCUGGUGAAGAAAAGAACGAUGAGAGGCAAAGCAGAUUAUGA